AGCAAGCAGCAGCCAGCAGUCCGUCCGUAUUCGUCGAAAGAACCGAGACGGUGGACGACACGAACUCUCUCGUACGGACGGUCUGUGUUUGUGUUUGGGGUGUGCGAUGCUCGUGCAGGGGUGAGUGCAGGUUGCCGUCUUCUCGAGCGGACCCUGUCCCGCGAGGGAUGCGUCGCGGCCGCUGAGGACGGGAUCGAUCAGACCCAGGGGCGAAGAGCCGACCUGAAAUGCGCUUCAGGGGCUGGUAGGGCCCUGCGACCCCCGACCCCCGUCGCCAUGGUGCAAUGUCUGCCGCCGAGCACCCUCUUGUCCGCGCUGUGGGCCGCCCUGCUGCUGCUUCUCACCUUCUCCGUCACAGCUGAUACAGAAAUUCCAGUCGAAAAUGCCUUCAUCAAGCGCUUUGAACCGGCACUCUACGACCGAACGCACUUGCUGAGACAACAUGCCAGGGUGCGGCGCAGCGCCGCGUCGACCGCCGCGGCGCCGCACGCCCUCCGACUCGACGUCGCCGCUUUCAAUAGGACCUACAAGUUGCGUCUGUUCCCCGACGUCUCCGUCUUCUCCAACGACGUCACCUUCGAGGGCACCAGGGGUCCGGUCUCCUUCGACCUCGACCGAGCUUACGAGGGCACCCUCGAUGAUGACGAGUCGGUGGAAGUGAAGGGCCUAGUCACCUCGGAGGGCCUCUUCGACGGAUCGCUCACUUGGCCCAACGGCGAAUCCAUCUACGUCGAGCCCACCUCAAGAUAUGUGCAGCUGUGGUCAGACGACGUGCCUCACUCAGUGGUGUACCGUUCGGGGGACGUGCGCGACCCAGAGCUGCCAGCGUGCGCCUCGCAGGAGCUGCACGACCGUUUGCAGGGUACUCCAUCGGCGCCCGCAGCAGCCACUAACGUGACGGCUGCGUCACGCCGCAAGCGCUGGCUGCACGGUGCGCGGCGCAAAAGGGCCGCAGCCAUCGAUCCCCAUAAGACCACGUGCAUGCUCUACCUGCAGGCCGACCAUCUUUUCUUCCAGAAGUUUGGCUCUGAGGAGGCGUGCAUUGAGGUCAUGACCCGCCACGUGCAGAGGGUCAACUCCAUCUAUCAGGGGACAGAUUUUGACCAAGACGGAAAGACUGACAGAAUUAGUUUCAUGAUCAAACGAAUCAAAGUUCAUUCCGCAGACGCGCUCAAUGAUACUAGCUAUAGGUUUCCCGGCAACUACGGAGUAGAAAAAUUCCUUGAACUAUUUUCAGAGGAGGACUACGACGCCUUCUGCCUCGCGUACAUGUUCACCUACAGGGACUUUGAAAUGGGCACCCUGGGCUUAGCGUGGACUGGAGAUCUCAAGAAUGCAGGAGGAGUUUGCGAGAAGAACGGGCACUACCGUGGCUCUAUGAAGAGUCUCAACACUGGUAUUGUCACCCUUUUAAAUUAUGGCAAACACGUGCCACCAGCUGUGUCCCAUGUCACUCUGGCUCACGAAAUUGGCCACAACUUUGGAUCGCCUCACGACCCAGAGAAUUGUACGCCAGGAGGUGAGGAUGGCAAUUAUAUUAUGUUUGCGAGAGCCACCUCUGGUGACAAGAGAAACAACAACAAAUUCUCGCCGUGCAGCCUGGACUCAAUCAGCCCAGUGCUGGCGGCCAAGGCGCGCAGCAGCCGCGGCUGCUUCACCGAGCCGCAGACAGCCAUCUGCGGCAACGGCGUUGUUGAGCCUGGCGAAGAGUGCGACUGUGGCUGGGAGUCGGACUGCAGAGACUCGUGCUGCUUCCCCAUGUCCAGCAACCCUCGACCCAACGAACCACCGUGCAGACUCACCCCCAGGAGCUCGUGCAGUCCCUCACAGGGAAAGAAAAAUGAGGGCCCGUGUUGCACUAGCGAGUGCAAUCUCAAAUUUGGCGACAAGUGCAGAGACGACAACGGCUGCCGAGACGCAAGCUACUGCGACGGCCGCGGACCAGCAUGUCCGCCCUCCACUAACAAACCAAACAAGACUGUCUGCAACGAGGAGUUUGUUUGCUUUAUGGGCGAGUGCACCGGCUCCAUCUGCCUGGCGUACGGACUUGAAUCAUGCCAGUGCAUCCCUGGCCCCAGGGACCCUCCCACCAAAGCGUGUGAACUGUGCUGCAAGUCGCCUGGCGACGACCAGCCCUGCCUCUCUUCCUUUGAUUGGAAUCUACCUCCAUUUGAUAUUCCUGAUUUGUACUCAAAGCCUGGAACACCAUGCAACAAUUAUAUUGGGUAUUGUGAUGUCUUCCAAAAGUGCAGAGAGGUUGAUCCAUCCGGGCCGCUGGCUACCUUGAGAAAGUUGCUGCUCUCAGACGAAAAUCUAGCCACAGCAAAGAAGUGGAUAGGCCAGAACUGGUACUUCAUCGUCCUCACUGUCGUCGUGGUCAUUUCAUUAAUGGUGAUGGUGGCGAAGGCGUUCGGGCGGCGUGACGACUCGAAGCUGCGUGCCGUAACCAUCCUGCACACAGGCAACGCCACCGAGCAGGUGCGACUGCCACCGGGCGGCGGGCUCACCGUUCAUCCAGGGGUUAGAAGCAAGCUGCCCCUGGGUAAGCGGGUGCGAGCUAAAGUGAACAAGAAAACCGGCAGUCCGAACGGCUCGCCAGAGAAGCAGCAAAAGCAGCGGCGCCGCCGCCGCAAGGAGGACGCGGGAGGCGAGAAGGUGGCCCCAAAGGUGGUGGUGGCGGCCGACCCAGUGACCGGCACAGCUGCGGCCGACGACCCGCUGGGCAAGGUGCGCAACUGGCUCAUCUCGAGCAACCCGGCGCCGUCGGCGCCGCAAAAGGUCAAUAAGCACAUGCCGAAGAGCAAGUCGACGCCGGCCGCGCUCGCCUGUCCGGCUCCUCCCCCAGCGGCGGCGCCAGCGACGCGUGCGGCACCGGCGCCAAGAGUGAGCAAGGCGCGCAACAAGUCGCACAGCCUGGGCAACCUUCAAGCCAAGUCGGCCAAGCUACAGCUUCUGUACAAACCACCGUUCAAAUUGACUGUCAAACUGAAGAAGCGCGAGGACGGCCGUGCGGCGGCUGCCGCCGUCGCCCGCGGCCGCACCGCGCUGCUGAUCAGAGGCGGCCGCGGAGGUGGCGGUGCCGACAAAGGUCGUGCUGAGGCCAAGAAGCAGGCGGCGCACCGUGGCGCCGCCGACGACCUCGACGUGACCACGGUGGUGCCCUCGGACCGCGCGGUGCUCAUCAACUCGGGCCCCGUGGUCACUUAGCAAGUGCCAACUCGUCAGGACUUAUUUCCGAGCAGCCAUUUGCGCGCGGUGUGAUCUUUUUUACUGCUUACGAAUCUUCUAUGGAACGCGUCUUCUCUCGACGACACUCUCGAGCGCGUGCGGCAAACGUACUGAUAGCGAUUAUAUUUUAAUUCGUUUAAAAAUUGAACUUCAAGAAAUUAUUUUGUGUAAUGAUGGGAAAUUAAUUUUUUUGUUUGCUGGUCGUAGUUUUGUUGAGCUAUGGGCGCUACCAGUCACAUUUUAAGUCGUCUUAUAAGGAACCCCUGCUUGUUUACUGGCCAUGACAGUCAUAUAGUCUGUUUUAACUCAAAUCUGGUUCAAUGUUUGGAAUCUUUUGAUCUGUCAAUUCGAGCUUCAUAUAUGGAGCCUGGUGAAAAAAUGGGUUAAGAAGUAUAAAAAUUCAUUAUAUUAAUUUGGUAAUAAUAAAUGAAUUGAAGAGACGAAUUAUUCAUUGGGUCAUUUCGUAUAUCCUUAACAAAAAUUAUUUUUUACCAUAUUUUUUAUUGGCUCUAUCUUUGUUGAAACUAACCGUAGAGAGAAAAAAAACUUCGCAUAAUUCUAUUUUUUUCUCAUUGCAAGCCCCAUAGCCUAUUUUUUAGGGACUAAGUAGCCUUGUCCAACCAAAAAAACUCUUCAGAUUGAUGAUUUCCAUGGAGGGAUCUUCAGCAAAACUUAACUUGUAUUCAAAUUAAUUGAAAUCGCCUACCUGAAAAUAGGGGUUCCUUGAAAUUAGGAAUUUUUACAAUAGCUCAAUUUUCCCAAAUCUGUGAAAGUUUAAAAACAGUCCACUCAAAAUUGAUUUGGAAACCAGCCCUUUUUAACCCAUUCUGGCAUAAUUAAUAAAUCGUAUUUUGGCCUGGUUUCCGAAUUUCAAAUAAUUUAAACUUUUAAAGAGCUAUAUCUGGAUAAUGUGCUUAUGAAAUAGUCAACCGACUUUUAUUCCAGAGGAGUUUAUUUUAAGUAUGCUUUAGGGUUGCGAAAUCAGCUCAAGUUUGUCUCCGCGUCGAGUUUAUAUAUAUAUAAAAAUGUAUUAUGAUUUUUCGAAAACGAUCGAUAUUGUGCAUAUAUGUACGAAUAGGGACUAUCAUUUUUGUCAGUGUGGAGCAUUUUAUUUCCGCUCUCGACGAAUCAGCUGGGACCAGAAGUCAAAAUAACUUAAUGAAAACGUCCCCUAAAAAUUAAUAUUGUUCUGAGGGAAAACACUGUCACGGGUAUAGUUAAAUUCGUCCGGGACUGCGUCUUCUCUCUGUGUGUUUGGUGGAGAUUUUCAUUUUAGAAAUGAGAAUGCCAAAAUCGUUUCGUUAAUUAAUCUUUGUUGGGGUAUGAACAAAAAUAAAUAGACGUAAGAUCCUAAUUGUGGUACUCAUAAAAAUACAUUGAUUAGACAACAACUAAAUCCUUGUUAAUCAGGUCGAAUUUCUAACAAAUGCAUUUGAACAAUAAGUAGAGGAAUGUAGUUCUCUGAUUUCUAGCUGUCCAAUCAAAAUACCGGUAGAAUUUUUUCUAAAACUCGGCAUUCCAUCUUCAUCUUCACUCAGGAGCAUGCUAAUAUUGAAAAGGUGCAAUGUGUCUAAUUGUGAGUGCAUGUGUACGAAGCCAAAUUUCUCUAUUCCUAUGUCUUCAUGUUAUUUGUGAGCGGACAGAUGGAGGAGUGAUUAAUUUAACCGAAACACACGAAAACGCGAUAUUAAUUUAACUUAAAAAAUGAAGACACAACGUGAUAAACUAAUCCAAAAAUUAUGUUGAUUAAUUUAACAUGUAAAAAAUACGAGUGUGAAUACUGAGCAAGAAGUGCGUUGAUUAUGUUGUUGUAAAUUGGUGUUGUCGAAUGUUUGUUUGAAAGAAAGAAACUGAUUUCUUAGCCGCUAGCAAAAUGGCAACUUUAAAUGCUAAGAAAAAAAUGUUUAAAACUUGUGCGGUUCGCAGCACAUCGAGUUUCACACGUUUAUGUUGUGGAAAUGCUGUAACGAAUAUCGGUUCACAAAUAUAUUUUAAAUGUUUUAACAUA